GCUGGCGGCGCGCGUCCGCGCGUCCGCCCUCCGCCCUCCGCCCUCGCGCCCUCGCGCCGGGGGCGGGCUCGCUGCGCGUGCCGGGCGGGGAAGCGGCGCGAGCCGGGAGCCGGGAACGUUCGCCGCGGGGGCGGCUCCGGGCCUGAGUGGGUGCCGCCGCCGCCUCAGCAAGGGGGCCGGGCCGGAGCGGGCGGAGGAGACUGCGGCCGCCGGAGACCUUACCGACGCCCCCAGCUCCGGCGGGAAGUGAGCAAGGAUGAUUGAGGAAAGUGGGAACAAGCGGAAGACCAUGGCAGAGAAGAGGCAGCUGUUCAUAGAAAUGCGUGCUCAGAAUUUUGAUGUCAUACGACUAUCAACUUACAGAACAGCUUGCAAAUUACGAUUUGUACAAAAACGAUGCAACCUUCAUCUUGUUGAUAUCUGGAACAUGAUUGAAGCCUUCCGAGACAAUGGCCUUAAUACGCUGGACCAUACCACCGAGAUCAGUGUGUCCCGCCUGGAAACUGUCAUCUCAUCCAUCUACUAUCAGUUGAACAAGCGCCUUCCUUCUACUCACCAAAUCAGCGUGGAACAGUCUAUCAGCCUCCUCCUCAACUUUAUGAUUGCUGCAUAUGACAGUGAGGGCCGAGGCAAGUUGACGGUAUUUUCAGUUAAAGCUAUGUUAGCAACCAUGUGUGGUGGAAAAAUGCUGGACAAAUUGAGAUAUGUUUUCUCCCAGAUGUCAGAUUCCAAUGGCUUAAUGAUAUUUAGCAAGUUUGACCAGUUUCUGAAGGAAGUUCUGAAGCUCCCAACAGCUGUCUUUGAAGGGCCAUCUUUUGGUUACACAGAGCACUCAGUCCGCACCUGUUUUCCACAGCAGAAAAAGAUAAUGCUAAAUAUGUUUUUAGACACAAUGAUGGCUGACCCUCCUCCCCAGUGCCUUGUCUGGCUACCUCUCAUGCACAGGCUUGCCCAUGUUGAGAAUGUCUUCCAUCCUGUAGAGUGCUCCUAUUGCCGGUGUGAGAGUAUGAUGGGUUUCCGGUACCGAUGCCAGCAGUGCCACAACUAUCAGCUCUGCCAGAACUGCUUUUGGCGUGGCCAUGCCAGUGGCCCUCACAGCAACCAGCACCAGAUGAAGGAGCAUUCCUCUUGGAAAUCCCCUGCAAAGAAGCUGAGCCAUGCAAUUAGUAAGUCUCUGGGGUGUGUACCCACGAGAGAACCCCCACAUCCUGUUUUUCCUGAGCAACCAGAGAAACCACUUGACCUUGCACAUAUAGUUCCUCCUCGCCCUCUGACUAACAUGAAUGACACCAUGGUUAGCCACAUGUCCUCUGGAGUGCCCACUCCCACCAAGAGGUUACAGUAUAGCCAGGAUAUACCCAGUCACUUGGCCGAUGAGCAUGCGCUGAUAGCCUCCUAUGUGGCCCGUCUGCAGCACUGUGCACGUGUUCUUGAUAGUCCUAGCCGACUGGAUGAGGAACACCGGCUUAUAGCUCGCUAUGCUGCCCGGCUGGCUGCAGAAGCAGGAAACAUGACUCGUCCUCCCACUGACUUAAGUUUUAACUUUGAUGCCAACAAACAACAAAGACAGCUUAUUGCAGAACUGGAAAACAAAAACAGAGAGAUCCUGCAGGAGAUUCAGCGUCUCCGCCUGGAACACGAGCAGGCUUCCCAGCCCACUCCUGAGAAGGCCCAGCAGAACCCCACGCUACUGGCAGAGCUGCGACUGCUGAGGCAAAGGAAGGAUGAACUGGAGCAGAGGAUGUCGGCACUGCAGGAGAGCCGGCGGGAGCUGAUGGUGCAACUGGAAGGGCUGAUGAAGCUGCUGAAGGCUCAAGCCACAGGGUCCCCACGUACGUCUCCCACUCACGGAGGCGGCCGCCCAAUGCCUAUGCCAGUGCGCUCCACGUCAGCUGGCUCCACGCCCACCCACUGUCCACAGGAUGCACUGAGCGGAGUUGGGGGAGAUGUGCAGGAGGCCUUUGCACAAGGUACGAGGAGGAACCUCCGCAAUGACCUGCUGGUGGCUGCUGACUCCAUCACCAACACCAUGUCAUCCCUGGUGAAGGAGCUCCAUUCAGCAGAGGAAGGUGCAGAGGAAGAAGAAGAGAAGAUGCAGAAUGGGAAAGAGAGAGGUUAGCGGAGGAGCCCAGACAAAGAGGAAGCUUGGGCACAGAGGACGAGGAGCAAGCUGGCACCAACCUGAUGAAGGCAAGGUCUUCCCCCAGAGGCACAUUCCUAUCCAUCCUUCCACUGCACACCUGGACCAGGCAUGCAGGCUGCCAGACGUCACUCCACCCGCCAGGGAGAGGGGAGCCAGAGCGGUGGGAAGGUGGGGGACUGCGAAGCGCAGCUGGUGGGCCUUCCCCUAUAGUCCUGCAUGUACUAGCAUCUCCAUCACUCCCCUCAGGGCAUGGUCUCACUUGUGCAUCAGGAGCUUACCAGGAGGUUGAAAA